CUUUAUAUUCAGUUCGAUCCCGUUGAUAACCCGCUCCUACCUUCGCCGCCGCCAGCCCUCUCGCCCCUCUUCCAUUCCACCGGAGCGCUCUCCUCGUCGCCCACCGGGCUCGACCACUCCCGAAUUCUUCCAACUGGAGCUCACCCCAUCUCUCCCCCAUAUCCUCCUCUUCCUCUUCCAUCCCCACAGGAUUUGUCUCGCAGGGGCUCGCGUUUGCAAUAUUUCGGUCGGUUCCUGCGACCCUGCAGGAACCCCUAGGCGAGCUCGUCAGUCAUGUUUCCGCCGAAAGGGCCUAAUCCCUACGGGCAGCAGCCACCGUACGGCGGGCAGCAAUCUUACGGCGGACAAAUCCCUGGUAGCAGUGGAUUUGGGGCCUCAGCCCCUGCAGGUGCCCGUGCUGGACAAGGGGCUGCUGGGCAGUAUGGAGGGCCUUACGCGUCAGUGUAUGGCACACAGCAGGUCGGCGGACUUGGUGGCAAAGGUCCGGAGUCUUCUAGUCUAACUAGCCUGCCAACUCAUCCAACUUCACUAUCUCAGUCAUCCAAGUUCUCAUCUGGAUCUGCAGGGUCCAACUUGGCAAGACCAAACGAUGAUUAUAUGGCUGUGCGUGGAUAUGCACAGAAGCUAGAUCAGUAUGGUACUGAUUACACAUCUGAGCGAAGAAUGUAUGGUGAACACUCAGCUAACCUUGGCAGGAGAGAUGGCCAUACUGAUUUGGAUAGAAGAUAUCCUGAUCAUAUACCUGCAGGCCAUCAGAUUCAUGACCGUGUGGAGCAGGGUUCAACAAUGCGCCAUCAGCCACUACUGAAAGCUCAACUACAGCCUGUGUCUGAUAUGAGACAAGCAGAUUACUUUGCAGGAAGGUCCGCUCCAAGCCAUCAAGAUUCUCAGGAAAUUGCUGCAUAUGCAAGAGCCGAAGCUGAUCAUCGCAACUUGUCCAUUCUUGGUAAUGUUCCAUAUGGAGGACAACAGGCAGUUUCAUUGUUGGGAGGAGCUCCUAGGACAAACAUGGAUAGCCUUGGCUAUGGGCAAGGAUCGUCAAGUAGUGGUUAUGGGAUGGGUCUGCCCCCUGGACGUGACUAUGCCUUGGGGAAAGGCCUGCUCCAUCCAUCUUCAGAUUCUGAUUACCGAGACAGCAUCUUACCCCGUGCACGUCCAGGCACCUCCAUGGUCGAUGAUCGUGCAGUUGAUCGGGCUGGUUAUCGUCGUGAGCUGGAUCUAAGAGAAGAGGAACGUCGAAGGGAUCUAUUGCUGGAAAGAGAAAAGGAGCUGGAAAGGGAGCGGGAACGAGAGUUCCUAGACCUACGAGACCGCGAAAGAGAAAGAGACCGUGAAAGAGAAAGAGAGCGUGACAGGGAAAGGGACCGUGAAAGACUAAGAGAACGUGAAAGAGAAAGGGAGCGUGAACGUGAAAGGGAACGUCUUCGUGAGCGCCGUGAGAAGGAGAGGGAGCGGAACAGGAAGCAUGUAGCUGAUUCAAGGCGAGAGCGCAGUCCACCUAAAACCCCUGGCGACCGGCGGCGUUCUUCUUCUGUUAGGUCUGAGAAGCCUUUGCGGCGACUUUCACCUCGACGUGAUGCUGCGCAUAGGCAUCGUUCACCUAUUAAAGAAAUAAAGAGAGAAUAUAUAUGCAAGGUUUUGCCAUUUCGCUUGGUGGAUGAUGAGAGAGACUACUUAUCUUUGACAAAAAGAUAUCCUAGGCUAUCAGUUAUUCCAGAUUUUUCUAAGAUUAUCUUGAAUUGGGCCAAAGAAAGUUUAAAUCUUUCUUUGCAUACGCCUGUAAGUCUGGAGCAUGGCAUCUAUGAAGAUGAUAAGGCUGACGAAAACGUACUGGCCUCUUCUGAGAAAACAUCAAGCAUAAAGACUCCAGAAACAGUUUGGAAUGCAAAGGUACUUUUGAUGAGUGGUAUGAGCAAUGGUGCCUUUGCUGACAUAACAUCGAUGAGAAGCACGGAGGAACGAGUGGUGCACUUGAACAAUAUCUUAAAAUUCGCUGUAUUCAAGAAGGAUCGUUCACUUCUUGCUAUUGGAGGCCCUUGGAGUGCAGCACUAGAUGGUGGAAAUCCAUUGGUUGAUUGUUCUUGCUUGAUUCAAACUGCAAUCAGGUAUGUGAAGGAACUGGUUCAAGUCGAUCUAUCUAAUUGUACCAAUUGGAACCGUUUUCUCGAGGUUCAUUACAACAGAGCUGGCAAUGAUGGACUUUUUAGUCACAAAGAAAUUACUGUACUGUUUGUGCCAAACCUGUCGGAAUGCCUACCUUCAGUGGAUGUAUGGAAGAAUAAUUGGAUUGCAUACAGAAAAUCAAAGACAGAAAGGGAGCAGCUGAUUAUGAAGAAGGAAAAGAACCCAGGUGAUCUAAAGGAACUGGAGCAAGGGAAGCCAACCGAGGCUAAAAGUAUGAAUGAUGAUCACCUAAAGGAGGGUGAUGUUGGCUGCAGUGCUACCGGAACUGAGGAAGUUGAUACUGAUAUGGAACAGCAGGGCAAAGAAGGAGAGGGCAAUCUUGCUAGGGAUGAUGUGGGAAAUCUUGAUAAAGUUGAGGACAAAGUUGAGAAGAUGGCGGUGGUUGUUGAAGGAAACACUUCUGGUGGUGUUUCUGUUGACAAUGUCGUCGAGGAUAAAAAGCCCGUGAAAAAGAAAAUAAUAAAGAAGGUUGUGAAAGUUGUUCGAAAAAAGACAACUGGUGAAGCUUCAGUCAAUAAAUCGCCUCAGCUUGAUAAGAAUGCUGUGGCAGAAACUGCGAGCAAAAUUGAAGAGCACAUUGAACAGAAGAGUGAGGAUGUUGGAAAAGAGCAGGAGAGAGCUGGCAUCAGUCUGCAGCCUGAUGCCAAGAAAUCUGGGAAGAAGAAGGUAAUUCGAAGGGUUGUUAAAAGAAAAGUUCCUGCAUCAGCAUCUGAAUUGACUGCCGUUGCUGUGCCUUCUGAAACAUGUAAACAAGAAGUGGAAGUUGAGCCGGAGAAGAAUAAUAGCCUCACUGAUGCUGGGACUUCACAGACAAAGCUGGAAGAAGGAUUGGAAACUCCUGCUGAAGAUACCCCAAAUCAGAAGAAAGAACAGGAGCUGGAGAUGAAGGGACACAUAUUGACUGAUGACCAAAAGUCAAGUGUAGAUAAAGAGGUUAACCAGCAGGAAGUCGUGGAACAAAAAGAUGUGAAAAUAGAUGAAAAGAAGGAUAAGACAAAGGAUGAUAACGAAAAAAAGAAUAAAGACCAGAAGAUGGACCCAAAGAAAAAAUCACUCACUGACACUAAAGAAAAGAAGAAGUCUGAUGAACCUCCGAAACAUCCAGGAUUCAUUCUUCAGUGCAAAAAGAGUAAAGAAUCUAAACUCCGUUCAACAUCCCUUUCAUUGGAUGGCCUCCUAGAUUACACCACCAAUGAUACAGAGGAGUCGGUAUUUGAGCUUUCUUUGUUUGCUGAGUCAUUCAGCGAAAUGCUUCAAUACAGAAUGGGUUGUGUUAUCUUGUCCUUUCUUGAGAAACUGUACAGGCAGUAUGUUAAGAAGAGGAAUCAGCGUAAGCGCCAAAGAGAAGAAGAUCUAAAGAAGGAAGACAAGAAAUCCUCAGAGAAGCGACCAAAGACAACUGAUGAGACUCUAACUGGAGAUAUCCCAGGUAAAAAUGAUGAAGUAACAAAAGAGGGUGAGGAAAAGAUGAGUACAGAUCAAUCAGCAGCUGCCCACGAGGAACCGAUAAAAGUGAGUGACCAAGAGAUGGCCAUAGAUCACCCAGAGGCUACCCAUGACCAACUGAAAGAGGGUCUUGAAAAGAUUGACGAAGAUCAGUCCGCAGAUGCCCGCGAGAAAUUGGAGAAUGCUCCUGCUGAAGAGAAAAUGGAGGAUGGAGAUUCUGAACAUGAAGAAGAUCCUGAGGAAGUAGAAAUAUACGAAGGCGAUGAGGACAUGGAUGAUGCUACUGCUGAAGAGCUGGCGGAAUCACAGAAUGAGGAAAACUCAACUGAAAGAGAAAAUAAGCCAGAAGACAUAACUGCCGAUGAAGGUGGAAACAAGACAACAGAUAAUCUUAAAUUGGAAAAUAUUGCCAACAACAAUGAAAAAUCUGCUUCAGGAGAUGACAAGCAGUCUGUAGCAGAGAAGGGAGAUUUAAUAGAAAUUGGAGAAAAGGCAAUUGGCAAGGAGGGAAAGACAUCUGCAUCACAAAAAGGAGACGCGGCAAAGCAUGAGGUGGUUGAUAAGGACCUGUUGCAGGCUUUUAGGUACUUCGAUCAAAACAGAGUUGGUUAUAUAAAGGUGGAUGAUUUGAGGUGCAUUCUUCACAACUUGGGGAAGUUUUUAUCUAACAGAGAUGUGAAGGACAUGGUUCAAAUUGCUCUUGCUGAGAGUAAUUCUGCAAGGGAUAGUCGCAUUAUCUACACAAAGCUCGUGAAGAAAGUUGGCCUCUGAUCUGGCCCUGCUUUGACCCUAGGAACUCGUUGAGAUAUGGACUUAUCUGUCGAAGGUUCUCAAAGAGUAUCAAUGGGAGUUUGUUUUCAUUUUCCUUUGAAUGUUUUCUUAAACUUAGCACAUUGUUAUCGUUUGUAUGUUGACCUAGGAAAUUCGAUUAUGUAUGUUGCACCCAACAUGAACUUGGUAAUAACGUUUGCUCGUGCUGAAUUCUUAAA